AUGCCUUGGUAUUUCCGGAUAUUAACCACUUUCCUCCUGUUCCUGAAUUUCGCACGACAUGCGGAUGGUGAUGGACUGUCUUUAAUUGGUGUUCUGACAUCGAUUAUUCCGGUCGUCCAGGUGAAGGCGACUUGCUUUUGCCACCCGGGAUGGCAGGGAUCCCGCUGCGAUCUUGAUAUCAAUGAAUGCGAGGAGAAUCCCUGCGACAAUGAUGCGAUCUGCGAGAAUACGGCCGGUAGCUGGUUUUGCCACUGUCGCGAAGGGUUCCACGGUCAGCAUUGUCAGUUCAGGUCGAUGAAGCCGAGGACGGUGGAAACCCAAGCCUUCGUCAAAUCAGCCGAUUCUCGGAAUAUCUCGGAAUACGUGGUCAUCAUCGCCAAUGUUUCUGGAAUCCAAGGCCAGCGGACGUUGGGCCAGACUCUGCAGAUUCUCACCGCAAAGCUCGGCGAAGUUCUGGACGCAUAUGUUGAGGUGGCGCUCGACAAGAAGGACAGAUUGCUCGUCUACGAACCGAAUGACACCCAGAUUGACAAGGGAGCCACGGAAUUCGAUAACCCAAUCAAAAUCUACCUCGAUGUCGUUGACCUGGAGGGCCGAUUCGGUUGUGCAGAGGACAUCGCGGAAUACCUGGCGAUGCCUAGGAUUGCAAGGGCCCUGAAUAUCGUUUGGACUGGUGUGCAGGCAAAACCUACACCUCGAUCUUAUGGUACGAUCCUGGCCCUCUUGACAGCGUUCGCCGGCCUCGCUGCCCUCGCUGCUGGAGUUGUUCAAACCGCUCGUGUUCGGAAAGUGAACACUGUUGGCGUCUGGGAGAUACCGAGAGAUGAAUCGGAAUUCGGAGUGGCAUACGGAUCGAAAGCCCAUUCUUUGGCUUCUUCUGCAGCUACGUCCAGGACUACAAGCCGAAUUUUCCGCCUGUACGAAGCUGACGUCGGAGAGCCAGAUCAACAAGCCCUGAUUCAAGCCGUUCAGCAGAAGAAUUGGUUGAAAACGAAGGAGUUUCUGGACAGGGGUGUAGAUCCGGAGAUACGCUACCAAACCACAGCUCUUCAUGCGGCAAUGGAAAAUGUGGAAGCAGGAUUCUUGCGUAGCCUUUUGACGUUUGAUUCGAUGAAAGCACUGGUAAAUUCUGUUGAGCGCCAUAACUUAACGCCUCUGAUGGUCCUCGCCAAAUCAAAAUUUGACGGGGUUGAGCCGGCGGAAAUUCUUCUGGAGCAUGGUGCACUCGUCAAUUUUCCUGGGCAUGAAGAUCCCACUGAUACAAACGUCCCAGAAUUUACCGGACGUACCGCCCUUCACGUCGCUGUCCUGUGCGAGAACAAAACGAUGAUCCACUUCCUGUGCAAACUGCAAGGAAAGCGCAACCUCUCGCAUACGGAACGCCUUGAGAAGACGACUGAAAAGAACUGCAAGGACGCAUUGGGUCAAACCCCGUUGAUGUACGCGGCGAAAAAGGGGUUGCUAGAGAUUUGCCAAAUUUUGGUGGAGAAUAAGGUGGCGUUGGAAGUCAAAGACGAUCAGGAGAAAAUGGCGCACGAUUUGGCAAAGGAGGCUGGUCAUCAAGCAAUCGCCGAUCUCCUGCGACCCGCUGGUGAUUUCUCAUUGGUUCAAGGAUUUCGAGAAGCGCAGAAGCGGAAGGUCCCUAUGCGGAAUCCACUUGCUGCCAGUGCCCAGACUCUCUACCCAUCGCCUCCUAACUCCAAUCCGACAAAAUCUGCCCAUAAUACGCCGAGUCCGCAGCAGCGAAUGCAACACCAAGUCAGCGCCCCGAACCUCGGCCAAAUCGGAACACCUCCAACCCCACCGGAUCAACCUGCCGGACUUGUUCAUCAGCCCCAGUUCAACUCUCAGAUGGCCAUGACACAAAUGGCCCAGAUGCAGCACAUGGCCCAGUGGGCGCAAAUGGCGCAAAUGACCCAGUUUACGCCGGCUUACCCCGGGGUGAACGGUUAUGGGUAUCAGCAGAAUUUUACGUUCCCCCAGCAAUCGUUCUACUCUCCUGGCCCCAGCUAUCCAAGCAACGCGGCCACUCCGACUGCCGGCCGGAAACAGUCCGGUGUU